AUGUGGUUUUUUGAAAAAUAUUUUCUUUUUUUAAGGCAAGGAAUUGAUUUAAAUAAACAUCCAAGGAAAGGCGACACAGUUUUUAUUCAUUAUACUGGGACAAUUAAAUCAACUGGAAAAAAGUUUGACGACAGUAGAGCUCGUGACCAACCUUUUUGUUGUUCUCUAGGACGCGGACAUAUAAUCAAGGCUUUGGAUCUUUGUCUAAUCACUAUGUGCAAAGGAGAAGUUGCUCGUUUAGAAUGCCUUCCAAAAUAUGCUUAUGGACAUUCUGGAUCGCCUCCAAAAAUUCCAGGAAAUGCAACUUUAAUUUUUGAGAUUGAACUUCUAAGUUUUGAAGGGGAAGAUUUAAGUCCUGAUCGUAAUGCAUUAAUUACAAAAUCAAUACUUAAAGAAGGAAAAGGAAAAUAUGAUUGUCCUCCUGAACAUGGAAAAGUUAGAGUUCAUAUUUGUGGAAAAACUGGAAAAGGUGAAAACGAGCGCAUUUUUUACCAAAAAACACAUUUGGAAUAUACUCUGGGUGAAGGAUUGGAAUAUGGUUUGCCUGUAGGUAUUGACACAGCAAUUCGAAGAAUGAAUCGAGGGGAAAAAGCAAUUGUUACUUUAAGAGGACAUUUUGCUUACGGAUUAGACCCGCCCCCAUAUUACCAAAUAGAUAAAAUGGCUGAAGUGAAUUUUACAAUUUUCCUUAAAGGAUAUGAAAAGAUGAGAGCAAAUUGGGAAUUAAAUGAUGAAGAAAAACUUGAAAGAGCCCAAAAUUUUAAAGAUUUGGGAAACGAAUUUCUUAAGGCUGGGAAAUACAAUGUUGCUUUAAAUAAGUAUUCCGCAAUAAUUUAUUUAAUGGAACACGCAAAAUCAAUGAAAUCUGAAGAAAAAGGAGGGAAAGAAAUGGCUGAAAAUUUUCAACAAAUGUUCUUUUUUGGAUUGUUAAAUAGUGCUCUAGCAAGUCUGAAAAUGGGAGAUACACUCGAGGCUAUUAAAUUUUGUGACAAAGUUUUGGAGAAAAAUUCGACGAAUGUUAAGGCAUUGUAUCGAAAAGCACAGGCCUAUCAACAAAGACAGGAUUAUGACGAUGCUAUUAAUUAUUUUAAAAAAGUUUUGGAAAUUGAACCAGAAAAUAAAGCUUCUGCUCAACAAAUUAUUGAAUGUAAUAAUCAAAAACUUGCAGUUGCUGAACAUCAACGAAAAAAAUUUAAAGGAAUGUUUGGUUAAAUUAUGAGAGAGAUAUACAAAAAGAAGGGGUAUUUUUAAAUUAAAAAAAGAGCUUUCUCUUCAACUUUUUUGGGCAUUUUUUGGUACCAUAAUAUUUUUGGUUGACUCUUAUCACUAGUCAUAAAUUAUAUUUAAAUUAUUAGACAUGUUGCGAUUCAAAUUUAUUUUCCAGAGAAACUUUCUUUUUUAAUGACCUUGAAUCAAGAAUCUAGCCGACGUAACAAAUAAAUUCUCGAUUUUGGGAAUUGGGAUCUCCAACUCAAAAAAUGUCAGUAAUUCCUGAUUUUCGAGAAUCUGAUCGCCUAAAUCCGCCCUGGAUUAUGCAAAAAAUUUUUGUUUAUAAUUUAUGGCCAUUUAAUUUAAAACUCUAUCCAUUACAAGGGAAUAGACAGUGGAACUUUAGACAUGGUCCG